AUGCUUCCAAUACCCGACAAACUCAAAUUCGAUCAAAUUGAAGAAUUCACACUGAACUUGGGUCUAGACUUGGGUGUAAUAAUGUGGAAUCAUCGCGCCAUUAGUUUUCUCCAACAGCACCAAUCUAUCACGAAAUUCACAUUGCGCUCAAGUGCCACCAACAUCAAUGAAAAAACUUUGGCCGAAGUCGUUAUUGCACUACCACUGUUGACGGAACUCAACAUUUUCGGUGUAGUAUUUCCGGUUGAUGAUAUACGUCGCUUUAUGAACAAGUUCCAGUUGAUCAGCUAUGGAUUUACAGUCAGAAGUCAAGAACAAGUUGACGAAUUGAAGAAACGCCUUGGGCUUGAGCGAAUCACUGAAUUGUUUCUUAAAAAUGGGGCAAAUGCCAAUCACCAAAAUUACGACACUACAUUUGGCAUUAAUGUAUCGGCGUUGCAUUUGGCUAUAAAAAGAGGUCAUGAACGUGUUGCUGAAAUACUGAUUAAAAGUGGUGCUGAUGUGAAUAUAAGAGGCGCAGACGGAUGGGAUGGAAUAAUGUUUGCCGCUCAUGAAGGUUUUGAGGGAAUUGUUGAAUUAUUACUUGAAAAGGGGGCCAAUGUCAACAGUCAAGAUAAUAUUGAGAUGACUCCUUUAUUAAAAGCUUCGAUGCAUGGUCAUACAAAUGUAGUUGAGGUGCUAAUAAAGAAGGGAGCUGAUAUUAAUUUAAAAACUAACAGUGGCGAGAGUCCGCUGUAUAUAGCAGCAAUUGAAGGUCAACAACGUGUCGUUGAGAUACUGAUUAAAAGUGGUGCCGACGUGAAUAUCCAGAGAAAAGAUGGAUAUGCACCAAUUUAUGUAGCUGCUCAGGAAGGUUAUGAACGAAUAACAGAAUUAUUGCUUAAAAAUGGUGCUAAUGUAAAUAUUGUAAACAAUGAAGGGUUCUCUCCGCUCCACUCAUCGAGUGGCCAUGGUUAUGAGCGAAUUACUGAAUUGCUAAUUAAAAAUGGUGCCGAAGUGAAUAUCGCAAAUAAGAUUGGAUGGUCACCAAUCCAUUCAGCUGCUGCUCAUCGUGGUUUUAAAGAUAUCGCUGCAGUGUUAGUCCGAAAUGGUGCUGAUGUUAACAUAAAAGCACAAAAUGGAUCGUCACCACUACAUAUUGCUACUAUUAAUGAUUGUGAGGAAAUUGUGGAAUUUUUACUGAGAGUUGGUGCCGAUGUCAAUUUGAAAGAUAAAAACAACGACACAGCAAUGGAUCUAGCUAGAAGAAAAGUUACCAGUCAGCCAACUCAAAACUCAGGAAAUAAUAAAAUCCUCAAACUCCUUGAAACAGUUCGUGGAAAGUGGUCAGCAGAAAAGGCCUGUCAAUCGUUUUCAUCGGAUAGAAUUUUAAAUGACUCGAAUUAUCAAUGGUGA